UUCUUCGCUAUUCUCCGCCGGAGCCUCUUCAAACUGGCUAAAAUGCUGAACUGCAACGGACGUUCCAAGUUUUUGGUUUUCAGUUUCGGUUUAUUGGAUAUAUAUCCCCAGAUCUAGUGGAUAUACAUUUGUUCGCUCUGGUGUGAUGAGCCACCAGCAGCAGCAGUUCCAUCAUUACCAUCAUCACAUCCAUCAGGUGCAAUCGGAAUCGCAACUGGAGCGACGUAACUCCCCCGAUUUGGAGCAAAAUAGGACUAGGAAUACGGAUCGCAUUGGCUCUUCUAUGGAUUUUCGAAACCUAUGCCAGCGCAUCGAUGUGGAUAGUUUGAGAGCCAAGUUGCCCCAACUGAAGUUGCCCAAAUCGCUGCCCAAGUUGCGUGGUCGCAAGAUCUUCCGCAGCUCCAAGAGUGGAACAGAAGCAGCAGGGCGAUCCUCGAAAGAUGCUGGAGGAGGAGGAGGAGCACCGCAGCAGUCGCACCUCCAGGUGGCUGGUACCCAAUCGCAGCAGUUCAUCAACAGAACGCCCCAGAGGAUCUCCACGAUCAGUUCGCUGAUGUACGAGGGUGAGCAGGAGGAGAUCCGGGUGGGACAACUGGAAAGAUCGCAGCCGGGAACGUACAGAAGUGCAGGAAGUCUCGAUGACGACUACUAUGCUCCUGGCAGCGCAGACAGAGCUUCGCGACCCAUUAGUCCCAUCAAAAUACCAGAUGAUCCACCGCCCACGGGGAAUACGGGGACCUCCACAUUGACCCAACGGUUGCAGAGAGGCUACAAGAGCCUCAGCGAACUGAGGCUCAAGCACAUCUUUGCCAAACAGACGACGGUGAGGAGGGAUAACAUCGAGGUGGAUCGCUACGUGGAGCAGUACGAGCGGGAGUUGAAGUCGGAAAAACUGGCCAGGGAGCGCAGAGAUCGGGAGAUAGCCGAGAACUAUGAUAUCAAGAUCAGAACUUUGGUGGCCACUCGGCAGAACACCUUCGAUGAGGACGAGGUGGAGCACGAGCAGUUUGAGAAGGGCAAGAGUGCGAACCAUGAGACGGAUGAGAGCGGGAUGGAGGCCACCCCGCCAUUGCCGAGUCGCCGGAAACCAGGUAUAGCUGCCACCAGAUUCGCCAAGGUGCGCAAGCCUCCCUUGGAAAUGGAGGAGGCUGGGAAGGAGCUUGAGGUGCAGGAGCCACCACCAGUUCCACAGCGUCCCAGUAGCUAUAAGCAGUUGCUCAACAAGUUGCCCCAUCAUCUGCCAAGUCUGCCGAAUCUCUCGCAAUUCUCCAGGAGCAAGGAGGAGGCCUCCUUCAAGACCGAAGAGAAUGCUGGAGCCGGGGAAACUAAUCCAGGCUCCAAGUUGGGCAUAAGGCAAAACAUCAAGAGACUUCGAAAGUCCAUCAAACGUCCGGCCAAGAAUAAAACCAAGGCCACAAAAGCAGCUGUGGACUCAGAUGAAGAAAGGGACGGAGAAGAGGAGGAGCAGGAGACUCCCAAAGAUGCACCCGGCAGAAGCUCCACAUCCAAUCUGCGCGCUCGUCUCAGUCGUUUUGCGUCCACGGAGCAACUGCAGCAGCGUUGGCGAAAAAGCUUCAAGGAGCGUGUCCCGAAGGAGCCCAAGGAGGGAACAAAUGUGGAUCAAACUGGAGCCGCCACUGGGGCCGCCACUGGAGUCCUAGGAGGUCUCCUACUUGGCUCCCAGCUGGAGAAGACCCUGGCCAAGCUUAACGAGAAGAUGCACCAGCUCAAGUUUUUUCAACGGCACUCCAACGCCAAUGAAAACCCAGUUAAAUCAGAGCGAGAACGCAAACCGAAUACCGUGGGUCACGAACCGGUGGAGCUCGAUGAUGAUGAGGAACUGCCGACCACCUACCAUCGCAGCGAUAGCCUCGAGGAUGAGGAUGAGCAGAACGACGAUAGUGGCGAGGAUAUAUCCGCUGAGGAGGCAUUUGGCCAGAUCCAGGAGGAACAUCAGGAGGAGCAUGAGAGGGGAAAGAGGGAAUCCCUAUCGGGAGCUGCGGCCACCCACGCUGCUCGCCAAAUGGCGAAGCUGGCGGAGAUUCAGGCGGCGUCAAAGGGCGGAGCAACCGCCUGGAGCAGCGAAUCGUUGGAGGAGAUGGCCGAAGAGGACUACCCGCGGGUGCUCAUCCAUCAAGAGCACUCCGAUGCGUACGAGUCCACGCUGAUCAUAGCAAUGUCCUCGAAGGCCAGCUCCGUUUCCCCGUAUCCUGGCAUCAAGGCAUCCUCCUCCAUCGGAAGGAAAACCUCUCCCUACCCUGAGAUCAAGAUCUCAUCUUCCUACUCCCCCACUGCGAGAUCUCCAUCGCCGGAAUUCAAGACCCCGGCCGGUGGAAGCAACGUUUGGUUGCCCAACGAUCGGAUCAUCGCUGGCUUCAAGGAGCAGACCUCCUCAUCCUGGCCAGCUCCUGCUCUGUAUAAGCCCAAAAGCAUUGACAUAUUCGAGGCAUCGGCUGGCGGAUCAUCUGUUGCCUUCGCCGACUUCGAUGAGGCACUGCGGAAUGCCCCAGUUCUGAGGAUCAGUGCUGGGAGUAGCAUCGAUACCAGUGGUGAGGAGGCGGACGACAGUAGUUCCCGGGUGACAAGGAUACGGGUGCAGAGUCCACAGAUUGGAAACAGUAGGGAAAGCCUUAUGGCCCAAGAGGAGGAGGAGGAGGAGGAAGAGGAGGAGGUGGAUCGAUACUCGGAUGAGGAGGAAUCGGAGGAAGAGGAGGAGGAGAGGGAUGCAUCGGAGCGACCCCCAUCGGAGUCGCCACCACCGCCGCCACUCCCACAGCGACGUCCGCCACCCAAGCGCCCAGCCACCCCUCCCAUUUACGAUGCAGUGCCUCCACCGUUGCCCAUCAGCAAGCCACCACCGGCUCCUCAGGCCUUAACAGCUCCGCUGGUGGCCCCUGCUCCUGCUCCUGCUCCUGCACCAGCUCCAGAUCCCACUCCCACUCCCAUCAGCAGGGGAAUCCCUCAGAGAAGCGCCUCCAUGUCGAGACCGGCCAAGCCGCUGGUCAAGACCAGCUCCCUGCGACUCACCUACAAUGAGCAAGUGCGUCCCGGUGACGUGGGCAAGGUCAACAAGCUGAUAUCCCGCUUCGAGGGCGGCAGGCCACGCCUUUGCCCGCGGAGGAUGCACAGCGAGGGCGAGGAGUCCCAGGAGGAUGUGCCGGAGAUGGAGCAAAUCCUCGAGCUUCAAAUAACCGAAAAGAGAGCCGUGGAUUCAGUGACCCCAACGAACCGAGCUGUGGUGGUCAUACCACAAAUAACUCUCAACAAUAACAAUAACAACGACAACGAAUCCGAUAGGGACGAUGAGGUGGUCCUCAGUGGAAGGAAAAAGAAAUCCAAUGAACUAGCUCUGGACCGCCAGAACUCCAACUGCAGCCGAUCCGAGUACGGUUCACCACUUUCCUUCCCCAGUAGCCGGCGAAGUUCCACGCCCACGAACACCACCACUUCCAUGCCGAAUCUCGGCUCCGAUUCCAACCAGAAUCCGAAUCCCAACCAAAUUCUGCAGCAUCAACGACGCAGCCGACGAUCCAUGACCCGCGAUGAUGAUAAUUUCUAUAGCUUCGACAGCGACGAAGAGAACAGCUACUACUCCAUAAGUCCCUCGGGCAGCAGUCGCUAUGUGGUGGAGAUCUAAGCG